AAUCUCCAAGAUCUCUCUUCCUAAAAGAUCACUGCCCCAGCGGCCAAUAAACCAGGGUAGAGGAGGGACAUGGACGCAGGAUCUCGGGCCUAUUAACCACGCUAGUGCCGCGGAACCGAGUUGGGAGGCCCCCCUCUGCGAGUUCCAGUGGGCUAGGAAGCAUAUGCUAAUGUCCUACUGUGUGCGGAAGUAGGCCGGAUCCCCCUCACUCCUUAACCACGCUCUGUUCGGGACCAGAGCACACGGGUUUGGAGGCUGAGGCCUUUAGGAAGACCCCAGACCUAGCAGCAUCUAGGAGGAAGGCGGGGACGCGAUGCGCUAGACCGCUCACGCCCCCUUCCUGGGUAGACCUGACGGACUCCGGGGGCGGCUGGAACGGGGUCCUCCAUGCCUAGACUACUCUCACCUACCUAUAGGUCAAGGUCUUCUCCCAGCAGCUCUGUUGCUCUGGGAUUCCAGCCCUUGGCCGCCUCCAUCUCUCCACCCGCAUGUCCCCUCCCCACACACCCCAUUCUCUGUUUUGUUCAGUUGUGAAUGCCGCGUCCUGUCCUGGUGGCAGGAGAACAAAGUUGGUGAACGUCGCAGCGAGUGUCCGAGUGUUCCAUGAGGCCCAGGGAGCGGGCGGGGGCGGAAGCCCGGGAUGCCUGCGGGGCCCUGGCGAUAGUACCCUAUCUGUCACCGCAACACCCUUGCGCGCCGGCUCAGAGUUAUUUUUGGCCAGGCGGCAGAACUGUGGUCUGUUGCUGCAGUCUCGGGCCAUCGCCACUCCAGAAAGAAUUGGGCUGCCAUCCUUUCGCCAUGGGCUCCCGGCCGCGCGGGGCGCUGAGCCUGCUGCUUCUGCUGCUAGCGCGGCCCAGCCUCCCAGCCGCAGGCUGCCCCGCGCCGUGCAGCUGCGCAGGGACGCUCGUGGACUGUGGGCGCCGCGGACUGACCUGGGCCUCGCUGCCCGCUGCCUUCCCUCCCGACACCACCGAACUGGUGCUGACCGGCAACAACCUGACCGCCCUGCCGCCCGGGCUUCUGGAUGCGCUCCCUGCGCUGCGCGCAGUGCACCUGGGUGCCAACCCCUGGCGCUGCGACUGCCGCUUACUGCCGCUGCGCGCCUGGCUGGCCGGCCGCCCCGAACGCGCGCCCUACCGCGACCUGCGCUGCGUCGCGCCUCCGGCGCUGCGCGGCCGCUUGCUGCCCUACGUGGCAGAGGAAGAGCUGCGGGCAGCGUGCGCGCCCGGCCUGCUCUGCUGGGGGGCUCUGGUGGCGCAGGUCGCGCUGCUGGUCCUCGGGCUGCUACACGCGCUGCUGCUGGCGCUCCUACUGGGUCGCCUGCGGAGGCUGCGUGCGCGCGCGCGUGCCCACGCCUCCCGCGAGUUAUCGCUCACAACCCCGCUGGUGGCCGAGCCGGCCGGAGCCGUUGCAUCCUAAGAAAGGACAGGCGCAGACCUGCAAACUUUACGGGUCCCUGCUGGAGCACCCUCUCCUUCACCUGGAUCUGCCUCGGCCUCUGCCCUUCCCCAAUCUUCCAGAUCCAAGCUCGGCAGGCCUAAAUCCACGUGGGGCCAAACUGCCGCUGGCACUACCAGAGUGAAACAACCCUGAGCCUUCAGCGCCUGGGGAGGUGGAACGGCCCAGCUCGACACUGAGCAGUCUCCCCUGCCAGACUCCACACUGAAUAAACCUUUCUCCUCCUCA